UCCAAUUUCAAAAAUUUUUGAUUUUUCUGGAAAACAUCUCCUUUGGUAUAAUUAAGUUUUCUUGUCUAUAUCAAAUAAUCUAGAGGUGAUUUCAAUCGAUUAGAAUCAUUUUGACACCCACCAAUAAGUUUUUUCUAUUUUUUGAAAUCUUUGAAAUACCUCCAAAAACAAUCAAAAUCAUUUUUUUUAAUUCUUUCAUCCCCCUAAACUAUCUAGGAGAUGUUUUUAAUCGAUUAAAAGAAUUUUGACUCCAACCAAUUAACAAUUUCCAUUUUCAAAAAUUUUUGAGUUUUCUGGAAAACAUCUCCUUUGGUAUAAUUAAGUUUUCUUGUCUAUAUCAAAUAAUCUAGAGGUGAUUUCAAUCGAUUAGAAUCAUUUUGACACACGCCUUUAUGCAUUUUUAUGAACAUUAAAAAUGAUCAAAAAGUGUCUAAACGUAUUUUGGGAAUUUUCAAGCAUUUCCAGACGAUUUUCAGAGAAGUCUAAAAACAUUCAGACGAUUCCUAACACUUUCCUAUGCCAUACGAAUAUUUUUAUGAACAUUGAAAAUGACCAAUAAGUGUCUAAACAUAUUUUUGGAAAGUUCCAAACAUUGUCCUAAAAAAAAAGUUCUAAACUGCUGCAAACUGCUGUUCAAUGACAUCUAGUGAUCCAAAAACAGUUUUGGAAAUUGUCAAAAAUUUUGGUAGUGAUUUAAAAAAUGUCGAAAUUUUUUUAAAGCCUUUUUCCUAAUACUUUCCAGUGCCAUUUACAUAAUUUGAUUAAAAUCAAAAAUUGCCUCCAGUAGCUUUCUAAUGUUUUCCAACUCUAUCUAAAGACAUAUAAUGAUUUCAAAAAUUAUCAAAAAGGUUCCAAACAUAUUUUGAGUAUUGUCAGAAGUAUUUAACGAUUUCCUGAUUAGCCCAGAUAUGCUUAAAAAACAGCCCGAAUCAUUCAAAAAGUGUCUAAACGUUUUAGGAAAAUUUUCAAAAACUCCUAGAAUAUUUUGAACGAUGUCAAAAGAUUUUUAAAAUCUUCAAAAUGAAUUUGUAAGCUAUUUAAGGGUAUUUAGCAAUUUCUUAAUCCAACCAGAGACAUUUUAGGAUGUCCAAAAUAUUCAAAAAAUAUCCAAAUGUUUUUUGAAAAUAUUUAAAGAUUUUCAAAGAUGUCAAAAAAGUUUUAGAGCCAUCUUAAUGAUUUUUUAAGUCAUUUAAGGUUGUCUAAAUACUUUCUAAGUCAUCCAGGGAUCAUUAAAGAUUCUCAAUAAUCAUAGAAAAGUGUCUAAACGUUUUUUGGAAAUUUUAGAGUCUUCCAAAUGACUUUUAAAAGCCAUUUUAGGUUGUCUAAACACUACCCGAGUCAUCUAGAGAUGUUGAAACAUUAUAAAAAAGUGUCUAAACGUUUUUUGGAAAUUGCCAAAAAUUUCUAGAACACUUUCAACUAUAUCAACACAUUUUUAAAGCGUUCCAAAUGACUUUCUAAGCCAAUUAAGGUUGUUUAAACACUUCCCAAGUCAUCUAGAGAUGUUGGAACGUUAUAAAAAAGUGUCUAAACGACUUUUGGAAAUUGCCAAAAUUUUUCUAGAACACUUUCAACUAUGUCAAAACAUUUUUAGAGUCUUCCAAAUGACUUUUUAAGCCAUUUAAGGUUGUCUAAACACUUCCAGAGUCAUCAAGAGAUGUUGAAAUAUUAUAAAAAAGUGUCUAAACGACUUUUGAAAAUUGCCAGAAAUUCUUAGAACACUUUCGACUAUGUCAAAACAUUUUUAAAGACGUUUUAAGCCAAUUAAGGUUGUUUAAACACUUCCCAAGUCAUCUAGAGAUGUUGGAACGUUAUAAAAAAGUGUCUAAACGACUUUUGGAAACUGCCAAAAUUUUUCUAGAACACUUUCAACUAUGCCAAACAUUUUUAGAGUCUUCCAAAUGACUUUUUAAGCCAUUUAAGGUUGUCUAAACACUUCCCGAAUCAUCUAGAGAUAUCAAAAUGUUAUAAAAAAGUGUCCAAACGUUUUUUGGAAAUUGCCAAAAAUUUCUAGAACACUUUCAACUAUAUCAACACAUUUUUAAAGCGUUCCAAAUGACUUUCUAAGCCAAUUAAGGUUGUUUAAACACUUCCCAAGUCAUCUAGAGAUGUUGGAACGUUAUAAAAAAGUGUCUAAACGACUUUUGGAAAUUGCCAAAAUUUUUCUAGAACACUUUCAAUUGUGUCAAAACAUUUUAUAGUCUUCCAAAUGACAUUUUAAGCCAUUUAAGGUUGUCUAAACACUUCCAGAGUCAUCAAGAGAUGUUGAAAUAUUAUAAAAAAGUGUCUAAACGACUUUUGGAAAUUUCCAGAAAUUCUUAGAACACUUUCGACCAUGUCAAAACAUUUUUAAAGCGUUCCAAAUGACUUUUUAAGCCAAUUAAGGUUGUUUAAACACUUCCCAAGUCAUCUAGAGAUGUUGGAAUAUUAUAAAAAGUGUCUAAACGACUUUUGGAAACUGCCAAAAUUUUUCUAGAACACUUUCAACUAUGUCAAAACAUUUUUAAAGUGUUCCAAAUGACCUUUUAAGCCAUUUAGGGUUGUCUGAACACUUCCAGAGUCAUCUAGAGAUGUCAAAACGUUAUAAAAAAAUGUCUAAUCGUUUUUUGGGAAUUGGCAAAAAUUCUUAGAACACUUUCGACUAUGUCAAAACAUUUUUAAAGACUUUUUAAGCCAUUUAAGGUUGUCUAAACACUUCCCGAGUCAUCUAGGGAUGUUGUAGCUUUAUAAAAAAGUGUCUUAAAGUAUUUCGGAAAUUUUCAGAUAUUCCUAGAAUAUUUUCAAAGAUGUCACAAGAUUUUUAAAGUCUUCCAAAUGAUUUCCUAAGUCAUUUAAAGGUAUUUAACAAUUUCCUAAUUUAACCAGAGACAUUUAAGGAUGUCCUAAAUAUCUAAAAAGUGUCCAAAGGUUUCUUUGGAAAUUUUUUACGAUUUUACAAGAUUUUCAAAGAUGUCAAAAAAUUUGUAGAAUCCUCCUAAUGAUUUUUUAAGUUAUUUAAGGUUGUCUAAAGACUUUCUAAGUCAUCCAGAUAUCAUUAAAGAUUCUAAAUAAUCAUAAAAGAGUGUCUAAACGUUUUUUGGAAAUUUUCAAAAACUCCUAGAAUGUUUUUAAAGAUGUCAAAACAUUCUUAAAGUCUUCCAAAUGAUUUUUUAAGCUAUUUAAGGUUGUCUAAACACUUCCUGAGCCAUUUAGAGAUGUUGAAACGUUAUAAAAAAUUGUCUAAACGUUUUUUUAGAAAUUGCCAAAAAUUUCUAGAACUCUUUUAACUGUGUCAAAACAUUUUUAAAGUCUACCAAAUGACUUUUUAAGCCAUUUAAGGUUGUCUAAAUACAUCCCGAGUCAUCUAGAUGUGUUGAAACGUUAUAAAAAAGUGUCUAAACGUUUUUUAGAAAUUGCCAACAAUUUCUAGAACACUUUUAACUGUGUCAAAACAUUUUUAAAGUCUUCCAAAUGACUUUUUAAACCAUUUAGGGUUGUCUAAACACUUCCUGAGUCAUCUAGAGGUGUUGAACCGUUAUAAAAAAGUGUCUAAACGUUUUUUAGAAAUUGCCAAAAAUUUCUAGAACACUUUUAACUGUGUCAAAACAUUUUUAAAGUCUUCCAAAUGACUUUUUAAAUCAUUUAGGGUUGUCUAAACACUUCCCGAGUCAUCUAGAGGUGUUGAAACGUUAUAAAAAAGUGUCUAAACGUUUUUUAGAAAUUGCCAAAAAUUUCUAGAACACUUUUAACUUUGUCAAAACAUUUUUAAAGUCUUCCAAAUGACUUUUUAAACCAUUUAGGGUUGUCUAAACACUUCCUGAGUCAUCUAGAGAUGUUGAAACGUUAUAAAAAAGUGUCUACAUGUUUUUCGGAAAUUUUCAAAAACUCCUAGGAUAUUUUUGAAGAUGUCAAAACAUUUUUAAAGUCUUCCAAAUAACUUUUUAAACCAUUUAAGGUUGUCUAAAUACAUCCCGAUUCAUCAAGAGGUGUUGAAAGGUUAUAAAAAAAUGUCUAAACGUUUUUUAGAAAUUGCCAAAAAUUUCUAGAACACUUUUAACUGUGUCAAAACAUUUUUAAAGUCUUCCAAAUGACUUUUUAAACCAUUUAGGGUUGUCUAAACACUUGCUGAGUCAUCUAGAGGUGUUGAAACGUUAUAAAAAAAUGUCUAAACGUUUUUUAGAAAUUGCCAAAAAUUUCUAGAACACUUUUAACUGUGUCAAAACAUUUUUAAAGUCUUCCAAAUGACUUUUUAAACCAUUUAGGGUUGUCUAAACACUUCCUGAGUCAUCUAGAGAUGUUAAAACGUUAUAAAAAAGCGUCUAAAUGUUUUUCGGAAACUUCCAAAAACUCCUAGAAUAUUUUUGAAGAUGUCAAAACAUUUUUAAAGUCUUCCAAAUGACUUUUUAAACCAUUUAGGGUUGUCUAAACACUUCCUAAGUCAUCUAGAGAUGUUGAAACGUUAUAAAAAUGUGUCUAAAUGUUUUUCGGAAAUUUUCAAAAACUUCUAGAAUAUGUUUGAAGAUGUCAAAACAUUUUUAAAGUCUUCCAAAUGACUUUUUAAUCCAUUUAAGGUUGUCUAAACACUUCUAGAGUCAUAGGGACGUUGGAACGUUAUAAAAAAGUGUUAUAAAACACUUUCAACGAUGUCAAAAAAUGUUUAAAGCCUUUUCCAAGUUAUUAAAGGGUAUUUAACGACUUCCUAACUAAACCAGGGAUGUUCCAGAACACCCAAAAUGUUUUUAAUGAAUUAAUUAGUUCAUUUUCAACCAUAAAGUGAAAUAAUUACUUAAUUAUUUAGACAUUGAUAUAAACUAAUCGUGUUGAAUUAGUAGUUGAGAGAAAAACAUCAUGCGCGUCAAUAAUUAAUUAAGUGGUAUCGAAACGAUACAAUUAGAACAUAAUUUAUUGAGUUGUAAGAUGCUGGAAAUGACUUAUUAAUUAUUUCGAGUGGAACAUAAAGAGAAAUCGCUUCGAAAUGUAAUUAAAUCUCGAGAUGUCGCCGAUUGUAUUCGUUGGAGUUUUGAUUUUAACCAUUUUCGCAGUGUUAAUAAUCGCUUGGUACUACAUUUAUUUUAAAUAUAAGAAGUGUUUGAAAGGGUUACCGAUUCCGAGGCAAAUUCCGCUUUUGGGGGUGACGAUUCAUGUUCGAAACACAGUCGAUAUUUAUCGAGUUAUUUUAUCUUAUAUGAGCGUUUUGGGUAAAAAUGUUUAUGUGAUGUUGGGACCUUUCCCAACGUUGUUCACGAAAGACCCCAAAGUGUUUGCGCUAAUUCUAGGAUCGCCGAAACACAUUAAUAAACCACCUUUAUAUAAGACAUUGGAGAAUAUUGCUGAUAAUACCUUAUUGUUAACGAAUGGUGAUGUUUGGAGGCAUCAAAGAAAGUUGCUUAACCCGGGGUUGGAUUACAUGAAUGUGAUGCAAAACAUUAAUGUUUUUAAUGCUCAAUCUGAUGAAUUAGUUAAAAUUUUAGAAGGGGAAAUAAAUAAAGAAUCAACCGAGUUAGAACAUUUCAUCGAAACUUGGGCGUUAAAACAAACUUACGAAACGAUGAUGGGGAGUAACGCGCCGGAGGAAGAUCGAAACGAAUUUUUAGAGAGUAUAAAAACCGUCAUGAAAAUUGCAAUUAAAAGAAACGUGCGUCUCAACGAAUUUUACAACAUAACCUACGUUUUCACCAGGAAUUUUUGGUUGGAACGAAAAGCGCUUAAAGUUAUGAGGAAACAUAUCUGGGACAUCAUCGAGAACAAAAAGAAAGAAAUUAAAGAAGAAUCAAAUAAAAGAGAAAGACCGAUUUUAAUCGACAUAUUAAUGAAGCAAAAACAAACCGAUAAAAACGUUACAUACGAUUUUAUCGCUAAACAACUCAAUCUUAUGGUUGCAGCGGGUUUCGAUACAAGCGGGUCCGCAAUUUGUUUCGCCCUUUACAACUUAGCAAUUUUCCCAGAAAUCCAGAAAAAAGCUUACGAAGAACUCCACUCAAUCCUAGGCGAAAACAUAAAUCAAUUCAUAACGCACCAACACGUAAAAGAAAUGAAAUAUCUCGAUUUGGUAAUCAAAGAAUCGAUGAGAAUCAAAACGACGGUUCCAUUCUUUUUGAGACAACUCAAAGAAGAUGUUGAUUUCGAAGGGAUGACUCUCCCGAAAGGAUUGACGGUUAUGUUGUUGGCUUACGCGAUGCAUUUAGACCCGGAAGUGUACCCGGAGCCGGAAAAAUUCGUUCCCGAACGAUUUUUGCAAGAAAAUUUGAAUCCGAAUCGAUAUGGUUAUGCUCCGUUUUGUGGGGGAGUUAGGAAUUGUAUUGGGCAAAAAUACGCUCAGUUAUCGAUGAAGGUUGUUUUAGCGAAGAUUUUGUUGCAUUAUGAGUUGGUUGAUGUUAAUCAUGAACUUUGUUUGGCGGCGGAAAUUACCUUGAGGUCAAAAACUGGGGUUAGGGUUGGAAUUAGAAAAAGAAUGAUUAAUAAUAAUUGAAUUAAAGAAAUAAAAUAUUAUUUUGACACACACUAA